CCAGGGAAAUGUCAAAUUUACCAUUGCACAUGGAAAUCGCUGUGUACAUUGAUGGUGCUAUAUAAAUUAACUAGCUGUGCCCGGCCACGCAUUGCUGUGGCGAAGUCUGGUGGUAUGGAAAAUAAAGUAUUGAGGAAUUGGUGGUAGUUAAGGUAAAGGUUAAAGGUUUUCCCCUGAUAUUAAGUCCAUUAUAAAUGGGUUAUAUAGCUGUGUGGAUGGGCCUUGAGUCUACACUGCUAUAUAAUCCAGUUAAAAUAAGAUAAUCUGUUUUUUAUAGGCAGUGUGGAAGAGGCCUAAGUGAGGCCUAACUCUGCCUGUCCCCUGGGCUGAGUGGGUUGCUAGGAGCUUAGCUUUUUAACUGGCAGCAAUUGGAUAAAAACAAUUCUUCCUCUCCCUCUAAUUAGGACUUUAUUAUUUUUUUCUUUUUGUUGUAUGAACGUAGAGGCAUGGAUGAGGGGUUGUGCUGCCAAGUUUAGUGUUUUUGGGAUGUGUAGUUUUGUUGUUUUGUCCUAGGCCGAAAUUUCAUUACCCUUUUAUAUAUAUAGACAAUGGUAACAAUAUCACGUGCACAUUGUUCACACAUCGCAUUGUGCCCAUGUUGAAAACCCAGAUCUCAGAGUAUCCCUGAGAAGAAACAAAAGGUGCCGCUUGUAAACCUUGUCCGACAAAGGCUUGCCGUGCGUCAUUGUAAGGAGGAAUCCCCCCGUCGUGUUCUCAUUUUUGCUGAAGGCUGACUUGGUUGGAAGCUUGGCAUUAAAUCAGUAAUUUUUGGCACGCACAAUCUGUGGGAAGCCGAGGCACACUUGGGCUGUAACACUUGUGUGCCGACAACGGAGGGAGUGAUUCACUGCUGGGAAAGGGGGUCCCUGCAGAAAAUCUGUGACAGUUGGAAGCUGGGGUGGGCUGGGAUAAGUUUAGAUUCCUCCCUGUGAGUCAUGGAAAACUGUUGAAGUCUCUUGGGGGACAUUUUCAGGGCCAGAGCUAGCAUGCCAGAACGGCAACAAAGGGAAAGGAGGACUUGGGGCAGAAAAGGGAACGUGGCAACAGAGCUAGGCUCUGCGUUCCUUAGGGACGGAGCCUGUUAACUUCACGAGGGACCGUUCAAACCCCAACAUGACAGCAUUCUUUCCAUCUGUGUGCCUUUCUCCUUCCGUCCCACUGCACAGAGAUUGUGGUGGAGAUUUUGCUGAUGUCACUGAAUGCACCUGUGGCUCCAGCACACUAUUGGACAGAACUGGCUUGAAAGGACACAGCUUGCGUUGUUGCUACACUGGAAAAAAAUCUACAAGUACAAGAAGGUGCUGAGCAACCCAAGCCGCUUGGAGGUGGUUUUGAAGGAGAUCCGCACUUUGGUGGACAUGGCGCUGACGUCUCCUUUGCAGGACGAAUCCAUCCAUCAAGCACCUCUGGAGAUUGUUUCCAAGUUGCUCUCAGAGAAUGCCAAUCUAACCCCACAAGAACAUGAAAAUAUUAUUGUGGCCCUUGCUCCUUUGCUGGAAAACAACCACCCACCUCCUGACUUGUGUGAAUUUUUUUGCAAGCACUGCAGAGAACGUCCUCGGUCCAUGGUGGUCAUAGAAGUAUUCACUCCGGUUGUACAAAGAAUCCUCAAACACAAUAUGGAUUUUGGGAAGUGCCCUCGGUUGCGGCUCUUUACUCAGGAGUACAUUCUGGCUUUGAAUGAACUGAAUGCUGGCAUGGAAGUGGUGAAGAAGUUUAUUCACAGCAUGCACGGCCCGACCGGACAGUGCCCCCAUCCCAGAGUCCUUCCAAAUCUCGUCGCAGUCUGUUUAGCAGCCAUUUAUUCUUGCUAUGAAGAGUUCAUCAACAGCCGGGACAAUUCUCCGAGCUUGAAAGAAAUUCGGAACGGUUGCCAGCAGCCGUGUGACCGUAAGCCAAACCUGCCCCUCCGCCUCCUCCACACGAGCCCUGACCUGGUGUCCCAAGAGGCCACGCUGAAUGAGUCUCGCCUCAAGUCGGUCAUCGUCACGUCGAACGAGAUCCACGUGGAGGUUGAGCGCAACAACACGGCCAACCAGAAGAUGACGGCCAACGCGGGCAACGACAGCGAGCCCAACCUGAUUGACUGCUUGAUGGUCAGCCCCACCUGCAGCACCAUGACCAUUGAGCUCAGCGCCCAGGCCGAUCGCAUCCUCGGCUGCUACGUGGAAAUACUUAAGAUGCUGUCAGAUUAUGAUGACUGGAGACCAGCACUCGCCAGUUUGCUCCAACCCAUCCCAUUCCCCAAAGAGGCUCUUGCACAUGAGAAGUUCACAAAGGAGCUGAAGUACGUCAUUCAAAGAUUUGCAGAAGAUCCAAGGCAAGAGGUCCAUUCGUGUUUGCUGAGUGUGCGUGCUGGCAAAGACGGUUGGUUCCAGCUCUACAGCCCCGGUGGGGUGGCGUGUGAUGACGAUGGAGAGCUGUUUGCCAAUAUGGUUCAUAUUUUAAUGGGUUCUUGUUAUAAGACGAAAAAGUUCCUGCUUUCGCUGGCGGAAAACAAACUAGGGCCAUGCAUGCUGCUCGCUUUAAGGGGCAACCAGACAAUGGUGGAGAUUCUUUGUCUGAUGCUCGAGUAUAACAUCAUUGACAAUAAAGACACCCAGCUGCAGAUCAUCUCAACCCUCGAGAGCACUGAUGUGGGGAAGAAAAUGUAUGAGCAGCUCUGCGACAGGCAGCGGGAGCUCAAGGAGCUGCAAAGGAAAGGAGGCCCUACCCGGUUAACACUGCCAUCAAAAUCCACAGAUGCGGACCUGGCCCGAUUGUUAAGCUCGGGGUCCUUCGGCAACCUGGAGAACCUCAGCCUGGCCUUCACCAAUGUCACGAGUGCCUGUGCAGAGCAUCUCAUCAAGCUGCCUUCGCUCAAGCAGCUGAACCUGUGGUCGACUCAGUUUGGCGAUGCAGGUUUGCGGCUUCUUUCCGAACACCUCACAAUGCUAAAAGUGCUCAACUUGUGUGAAACGCCUGUCACAGAUGCCGGCCUGCUGGCACUGAGCUCUAUGAAAAGCCUGUGCAGUUUAAAUAUGAACAGCACCAAGCUUUCAGCGGACACCUAUGAAGAUCUCAAGGCUAAAUUGCCGAACCUGAAGGAUGUGGAUGUCCGCUACACAGAGGCCUGGUGAAACCUCUAAAUCGCUUUUGAGGACAAGGGAAGAUUUUUUUUUUUUAGAAAAAGAAAAACGACAACUAAAACUAAAAAAAAAAAAACAGAGAAAUAAACUUGGCUUCUAGAGAGCAGCCAGAUGCGAAGACUUUGAUUUUAGGAGCUGUCUUUGUGAGGCCACAGAGUGUGGCUUUGUGUGCGGGAGGGGGAAGUGAGCAUGACCGGGUCUCCCAAGACUUUCUGCUUUCUACAUGGAAAUCCGACAUCCUUUUGAAUUAAUGGGGAUUUUUUUUCUUUUUGGUUUGGGGUGGGAAGCAAGACUGUAGCCGGGGAAACGAUUAAGAGAAAAGCCAAGGGGUGGCUAUCUUUUUGGAUUGUUUGUUUGCUUUGUGUGUGUUUUCAAACACUUUGUGGAAAGGGAGGAAAACCCAACGUACAUCGGUUGUUUUCGUAGUUCUCUCUGGAUGGAUCCCAUCAUUAGGUGCUUUUCUCGUCUUUCCCGCUAUCACAAGAAAGAAAAGAAACUGAGAAAUCAAGAGAAGAAAAAAAAAGAAGCCCUUAUGAUUUCACCUCUCACUCUCUUCUUAUGAUCAUUAUGCAAAGUAAUUUUGUUGUACAUACAAUUUUACAUAAUGCACCUAUUUAAGAAAAAAAAUGGUUCACAAAUAACAGGUCUGGGACCUGUCUCUUAUUUAUGAGUUGUUAAUUCUUUUAACUUUUUGUUCAGUUCGUUCCGCGUAGAGUACUGUACAAACUAGUUCGCCAUUUUCUUGUGUGUAUUUUUUUGAAAAGGAAACAAAACAGAAAACCCUCCAUGGAUCAUUGUCUUUAGAAAGUUUGGGUCCAGACCUCACCCUUUAUUGUGUUUCUGAUUUACAAAGACUUCAAACGUGUUAGUUGGGGAGGGCAAUAUAAAGUAGUGAAAAGGUGGGUGGGCAGUGAAGGGUAUUUUAGCCAAGGUAUUUGUUCAAACUGUGUCGGGGUUAGGAAAUUAAGGUGGAAACCUUUUUAAAUGUUAAUUUUUAUAUAUAUAACAAAGUACCUUAAGUUUAAUGUAAAACUUAAGUUGGGCUGUCGACAAUUUUUCUUUAGAUUUGCCAAGGCGUGCCUGUUUAGUUUUCUGUUUGCGUCCGAUAUUUCAAAGGCAAUGUGUUGUCGAAGGCUUUCAUGGCCAGAAUCACUGGUUCACUGUGAUUUUUCCAGGCUGUAUGGCCAUUUUCCAGAAGCAUUCUCUCCUGACAUUUCACCCACAUUUAUGGCAAGCAUCUUUAGAGGUUGUGCGGUCUGUUGGAAACUAGGCAAGUGGGGUUUAUAUAUCUGUGGAAUAAUGUCCAGGGUGGGAGAAAGAACUCUUGUCUGUUUGUGGCAGGUGUGAGACCAGCUAACACCUCCCAACAAAGGAUUCCUCCAGGCAGGAAGCAGCCAGCUUUGAAGCUGCAAGGCUUUUCAAUGCUAAUUGAGGUGGGCAAUUGCAACAGUCACAUGUUUGAGGCAAAUGUGAAUGUUGCAAUUGACCGAGAAGACGGUCGAUUUGCAUUUAAUGGCCUUGCAGUUUCGGAGCCUGGCUUCUUCCUACCUGGGGGAAUCCUUUGUUGGAAAAAGUUAGUUGGCCCUGAUUGACAAGAGUUCGUUCUCCAACCCUGGAGAAAUGGCCCAGCAUUUCUGAGUUCUCAGAUAAUAUGCUCUGUCCAGGUUGAAAACAAGGGAACUCCAUACAUGAAACAAUCAGGGCCAGCUAACACCUCCCAACAAAUAAUUUCCCCAGGCUUUGAAGCUGCAAGGCCAUUCAAUGCUAAUCGAGGUGGCUAAUGGAAACAUUUACACUUGCCUCCAACAGAAAAGAGUUCUUUCUCCCACUCUGGACAUUAUUGCACAGAUAUAUAAAUCCUGCUUGCCUCGUUUCCAGUAGAUCUCACAACCCCUGAGGAUGCCUGCCAUAGAAAUGUCAGGAGAAAAUGCUUAUGGCCACACAGCCUGGAAAACUCACAGCAAUCCACUUUCAAAAAGGCAAGAUUGCUCCUUUUAUUGUUCCCUCUGCCCCUGCUUUGGACCGUUCCUUCGCCAUCUUCCUUUCAAAAGAUGGAGAAUUGUUUUGCUGUGAUCGGUUUCUCAAGCUUCGACCUGAAGAUAUGACCACUAUCCCUUUCCUGAUUCGUCUCCAUAAUCGCUCAGAAAAAAAUAUAUACGUAUAAGAUGAAAUGUUUUUUUAAGAAAAUGUGGUUUCUUUAAUAAAUAUGCUUUUGAAUUAUUAUUAUUAUUUUUCCACAAUAUGCAGCUUCUUUUUUUUAAUGAAGAAAGCAAUCGUUUUUGUUUUCAUGUUUUUCCUUUUCAAGUUUAGCAGACGCUUACUCGGUUCUUUUGGCACCUCAAGAGAUUUAACAUCCGGGCAAUGUAAUUUUUAUACAUAUAUAUAAAUAUAUAUAUAUAUAUAAAUAUAUAUAUUUAAUCGUAUUCAAUGGGAAGCAAAGCUUUUGCUAUUCUGGUUGUCUCUGGUUGUUGUUUGUUUUUUUAUUUGUCGCUAGGUAGUUCACAUUUUGAGUCUACAUCUCUUGACUCAUAUAUAUAUAUAUAUAUAUAUAUAUAUAUAUAUAUAUAUAUAUAUAUAUAUAUGAGAGAGAGAAAUUCAAGUCUUAAUUCAUAUCGCGUGCCGGGGUUUGUUUGUUUUUUCUGCCUUAUUAUGUCCCAAGCUGUCUGAUAAACUCAGUGAGGGAAGACAAGAAAAAGGAGAUAAAGCGUAACGCCAACAUUUUAUCCGUAGCACUGUUGCUUUCACCGAUGGAUUACUACUACUGUUCUGUAGCUGUGUAAGAGAAAGAAAAGGAAAAAAAGAUGUGAAAUAAUUUCAGGCGAAAAAAAUAAAUAAACUGUAAGUGAAUAUCUUU